AUGCGGGAGCUGGACCCGCUGGUCAACGAGUACCAGCAUGACAGGCAUCGGCCGAGGGACUCAGAGGCCCUUCUGAUUCUCCAAAAGAUCGCUUCUUUGGUGAAACCGAUUAUGCGCCGACGAUCAUGGCGUGUUGGUACUUUGAGCGAGUUCUACCCCCACCAGCAGAAUCUUCUGGGCCUUAAUAUCAACGGCGGUCAAAAGAUCUGUCUUCGCCUUCGACAUUCGGGGGACCAGAAUCAGUUUUUACCUUUCGACCAGGUAGUAGACACUAUGUUACAUGAAUUAUGUCACAUUGUACACGGACCACAUAAUCAACAGUUCCAUGCCCUCUGGAACCAAUUACGUGAUGAACAUACAGAGCUUGCCAUUAAAGGGUAUACCGGCGAGGGAUUUAUGUCACACGGAAGACGUUUGGGUGGACAAAAGGUACCCAUUGAUGAAGCUCGUAGACAGGCCCGAGCCGCUGCAGAGCGGAGACGGACCCUCUAUGCCGGAUCGGGACAAAGAGUUGGAGGCACAGGGCCUGCGCGUGGCGCCGACAUGCGAAGGAUCAUAGCUGAUGCUGCGCAACGACGCAUAGACGUGACCCAGGGUUGCGCCUCCGGAGCAGAUAACUCUACUGAACUUGCGGAGGAAGCCUCGAGGAGUGGCUUCCGAACCAAGGCCGAGGAAGAUGAUGCAAACGAGCAAGCGAUAAUGCAAGUAUAUAUUGACCUGAUUGAGGAGGAAGAAAGAGAGAAGUACGGGCCCUCGUACAUUCCUCCUAGUCAGGACAACCCAGCCGGGCCUCGAACGACCCUUUCCCCCCCACCGGUACCCGACCAUACCAAGCCGAUCGUGCCGGUUCAGGAUGAGGGUGCAAUCGAUCUUACGAUCGAUGAUAGUGCCUUUGCCGAUUCAUGGACGUGUCCAACGUGCACGCUUGUUAACCCUUCUAAUUUUCUAUGUUGCGAUGCAUGCGCAUCGGAACGUCCUCGCCCCGUCAAUUCUCGAUCCGUUUCUGGUCCGCCUACCGCGGCAAGGUCUAGGUCUAGCACUCCUAGUACGCAGAAUAAGGGCAAAGGCCCUAUAAACCGUACGAUUGGACACAGAUCUUUCAAGAACCGAAAGAACGCUGUUGAAUCGCUGUCCAGCAUUGAGAAAAACGCCCAGGAACGGCCACUGGGUUGGCUAUGUAAUUCUUGCGGUGCCUUUAUGGAGACGGAGUGGUGGACUUGCUCGAGCUGUGGGAAGAUGAAACAAGCAUCCUGA